UCUCUUUGAAAUUUAGCGCUGCAUGCAUUUCUACAAGGCCGAAGAGUUUAUACACUACAAGUCAAGAGUAUCUAAUCUAUCAUCUCAGAAGCAGAACGCGUGAGUAAUUUAUUGGUAACGUUACGUCAUUACGACCUAACUUUCUGGUUCAAGUGCAGAAGAAAUCCAAUGUACGCCAUCGAUGCCGUGAAUCAAAUCAACUUGAUCACACGGUGAUGAAGGUAGUCAUAGAUGCGACCUCGGUGGCCUCCACUGUCCGCUUCACCUGACGCCACAUUCAUUGUUUCCCACAUUUGUGCUUUGUCCUUUUAUUAUGAAUCAACACCCGGAAUAAUUGGGAAUCCGCGUGCAUUUCUUAAAAAUAUCCGUUCACUGAUCUUGUCGCUUCAGUUACGCAAGCCCCUCCUUUAGCCUUUUACAGGCUUGUGCUACACGACAAUUCAUCCCAGUUUCAGGGCGUUGCGCGCAGCCGAGGGUACAUGGGUUGGGCCGUUGCUCUUCAUGGUGGUGCCGGCGACAUUCCUCUCUCCUUGCCACCAGAACGCCGUCAGCCGCGCGAGGAAGCCCUCCGGCGCUGCCUUCAGAUCGGUGUCGAAGCUCUAAAAUCCAAAAUGCCUCCCCUAGACGUGGUCGAGCUUGUGGUUCGUGAAUUGGAGAACUGUCCACAUUUUAAUGCGGGCAGGGGAUCUGUGCUGACAACAAAAGGCACGGUUGAAAUGGAAGCUUCAAUUAUGGAAGGCAAUACUAAGAAAUGUGGAGCUGUUUCUGGGCUCAAUACGGUUGUCAAUGCAAUAUCUUUAGCUCGAUUGGUCAUGGAGAAGACACCUCAUAUAUAUCUAGCGUUUGAUGGAGCAGAGGAAUUUGCUAAAGAACAAGGUGUUGAGACUAUAGAUUCAAGCCACUUUAUCACUGCGGAAAACAUUGAAAGACUAGAGCAGGCACGGGAAGCAAAUAGGGUUCAGAUCGAUUACACUCAACCAGUCCAAAAAAUUGAUGCUAAGAAGGAAACACCAAUGGCUAAUGGUGAUAGUCAAUUAGGAACAGUUGGGUGUGUGGCUGUUGACAGUCAUGGGAAUCUGGCUUCUGCAACUUCUACUGGUGGACUAGUGAACAAAAUGGUUGGUAGAAUCGGUGACACACCACUCAUCGGAGCCGGGACAUAUGCUAAUGAGCUCUGUGCAGUUUCUGCCACAGGUAAAGGGGAGUCAAUAAUACGCGGAACUGUUGCAAGAGAUGUGGCAGCCCUGAUGGAGUUCAAAGGCCUAUCUCUUGAAGAAGCUGCUAAAUGUGUUGUUGAUGAACGGACCCCAAAAGGCACUGUUGGCUUGGUUGCUGUGUCUGCAAAAGGGGAAAUUGCUAUCUCUUACAACACUACGGGCAUGUUCCGAGCAUGUGCUUCUGAAGAUGGCUAUUCAGAUAUUGCUAUUUGGUCUUCUGGCCUAAAUUGAGUGAUUUGAAGGAUUCUGCUUUCCUGGCUGUGGAAAACUGUAUUUUUUACUCUGUUUAUCGUUAUCUCGUAAGCAAAACAUGUCAGCCAUCUAUAAUUGUUUUGCCGAUCUGUGUCACAGUUAAAGGCUCGAAUAAUCCGUUGUUUAGGAUGAA